AUGAGAACUAGUCUCUCACUUGAUGCUCUGGGUCAGCACACGCUUUUAUACAAGCUCUACACACAGAUAAGCUGCAUUUUUCCCGUUUCCCACCACUCCCGGCAGGAUGAUAUUGUGAGAACCUUGCAGCUCGGCCUUGAAAGGCUCUCAGCGGCGUUUCCCUGGAUCGCAGGAAAUGUAAUUUAUGACGAUUUGAACGAGGAGUACCGCAUUGUCCCAUCUGGGGCGAUUCCAUUGAUUAUUCAUGACAUCCAACAUGAUGCCUCUGCGCCGACAAUGAACGGUCUUCGGAAAGCCGCAUUUCCUUGCGGAAUGCUAGACGAAAAAGCAAUUGCUCCUUGCCUUACUAUCAAUGCCUCCGCGACUGAUGAGGGUCUAAAAGCAUGUUCCGCUCCGGUUCUUGCACUUCAGGCAAACUUCAUCACGGAUGGACUCAUCUUAACAAUUGUGGCACAACACAAUGUCACGGACAUGACGGGUCAAGACCAUAUAAUUGCCCUGUUAUCAAAGGCAUGCCAUGGCAUCCCAUUUACAGAGCAGGAGGAAGCUGUCGGCAUGAUGGACCGGAGCAGGGUUAUACCAUUAUUACCAGAGAGUUACGAUAUCUGGAAUCCCGGCCCGGAGCUCGACUUCCAAGUUCAUAAGCCCCGACAAACUGAAUCUGCAGCUUCAACUGAUUCCGAUCUCCCGGCCGCCACCUGGGCAUGCGUAAAUUUCCCCAAAUCCUCUCUGGAACAACUCAAGUCCUGGGCAACAAUGAUAAAAGAUUCCUCAGUACCAUUUGUGUCCACAGAUGACACCAUGUGCGCAUUCCUUUGGAAGUGUAUAUCCCGAGUCCGUCUAUCACGGCUUGAUCCAAAGCUUAUAUCCACGAUCUCACGCGCGGUCGAUAUCAGGGACCGGAUGGGUGUUCCCAGCUCCUAUCUCGGGAUGUUACAAAGUCUGACAUUUGCCAGGCGGUCUCUUCAACAAGUAGUCGACGAACCUCUUGGGACUAUAGCUUCAUAUCUCCGCUCCCUGCUCGAUCCAGAUGUGAUAGAUCUGGUUUACCAAGCGCGUGCUUUCAACACAUUCGUCGCUCGCGCGGGGGAGAAAAAGUGCACUGCUUCUUUCACGGCCAAUAUGAGCCCUACAUCUGACCUUAUGACAAGCUCGUGGUCGAAGAUUCGAUGUUAUGAGUACGAUUUCAAUCUUGGGCUGGGGAAACCGGAAGCAGUUCGGAGACCAGGUUUCUCCGCCUUUGAAUGUUUAGUCUACUUCAUGCCCCGAUCUCCGAAGGGUGAACUGAUAGUUCAAAUUUGUCUUCGGGAUGAGGAUUGGGAUCGCCUGAAGGAGGAUGAAGAGUUCACCACGUUUGCUCGGUAUAUCGGAUAG